AUGGAACCUGCGACACAACGAUUCUUCGCCAUCACUGAGCUCGUCGCCUGCUUGACAGAUCACCUCGACCGCAAGGGAAUCUCUUGCUUGAUGCGUACAAGUCGACACUUGCAGGAACUGUGCACCCCAGCGCACUAUCGCAACGUCCCUGCCACUUACCGACUCGGUAAAAACAACAUCCUCGGUUCUGCUGAACCCAUCCUCGCGCUCUCCAAAAACGUCCAUCAUGUGCGGGAACUCGACCUAGGCCUAAUUGAUCUUGUCUACUACUUUAACUGCAUUGUCGUCCAUCAGGAUCGCCUCGCAGAAACAGCAGGACAACCCCCCUCACAACCAUUAUGGCUGGCACCACCAGACCCCCAUUUGUGCCCAGUUCCACCAAUUCCGCCAAUGGUUCGUCUGACCAGGAUUGUUAUUGACAUCGAGCCCACGCCAACAUACGACAGUCUCGAGACCUGUCCUUAUUUUCUUCCGAGCUGUCGUGAUCCGAAGGCUAUUUUUAAUGAAGUCUGCUGGAUCCUUCAACUCAGCCCUCACCUUCAACGGGUCGUCCUCAAAGGACUCAGAUUCAAAGAUGGCCGCGACAUUGUUCUAUUUACUACGUCAAUCUUUGGUCUAGAAGAGUUGCAGGAACUCUCGCUUUCAGCCUCAUACUGGACACCCAUCGGACCCUCACUCGCACCGACUGUGUUUUUCAGCUGCCCGCCCUCUUUGCAGGCCUUGGACAUGGAAUUGGACGAAUACUACGAUCAGGAGGACGAAUACGAAGAUGAUUACGGUGUUUUGGAUCCAAGAGAGCCGGAGUUGUGGGAGAGGGCGGAUGAGGAGUGCGGCUUGACGACGACGCCUCGGCGACAGGGACCAUUGCGACAUUUGACGAGUCUCAAUCUCAAGGAGGUGGAGGAAAUCAUUCCUGAGGCUGAACUCAUAUCGAUCCUGCAACAUUGUCCGAACCUCCUCGACUUUGGGAUGCCCGAUAUUGGCGAGACCCAGGAUACAGACCAACUUGCAGCAGCGAUUGUCGAGUCCUGCCCAGCCUUAAACGAUUUAACCUAUCGAAACCAUUAUCAGGAUCCUAUGGACGGUGCGAUGAUGUUACGGAUCAUGAACCUGCUAUCCCCGCAACAAGUCAGGCGCCUCCGUUGUCAUGAAACUCCCUUCACGAUCCCCGGACUGGAUGCAGCGUCGCUCUUCAGGAGACAUUCUGUCACUCUGCAGACGCUGAUCUUCCGCGGAUGUCACAAUGUCAACUCCAAGGCGCUCCAAGCACUUCUGGUGGAAUGCCGAGGUCUUCAAGUGUUGUCAACUUGGUGGACAGGCGAGCGGCAUGGAUUGUGUAUCGAUUUGGAUGACGCGAUCGAGUUCCCGUGGAAUUGUACAAGCAUGCGGACACUAAACCUCACCAUUUGCGUUCCGGACGAGCCACUGAAUCGACACCUCGGCGUGGAACCUUACUACAAGCGACCACCACUAACAGCACUGUCAGUAGCGGAGAAGUCGCAAUUCGAGCAAUUGGAAGUACUCUAUCGCCAAGUCGGGACGCUGACACAAGUAGAGGUCCUUUGCUUGGGAGUGGUGUUCUACAACUCGGAGGGUCUACACCCACUGUCGAAAAAAGUCAAGCGCAACUCCUUUCCUGGGAUGCUCAGCCUUGGCGACAAAAGAACUGGACGACCAGGAUACCUGCAUCAUUUGGCUGGGUUGGUAAAGUUGAGGAAGUUUAAUGGAUCGGUGUGGGCAGGGAAUGACGAGACCAAGGUGACGUAG